CCAUUCUGGAUAUUUUGACGGGAAGGUCGGUCACGUGACUCGGCGCGGCGGCGUGUCGGCGCGGGGGGCGCCGGCUAGACUCUCCAGUAGCCGAGCCAUCCGUCUGCUGCUUUGACUGCGCCCGCUCGUCGGAAUCCACGCCCUCGUCUCCCGCGCCCGCAAUACGUCGACGACCGACUCGGAUGUUUGACGCGCGACCUUAUCGUUUGGAAUUCGCGGCCGAACGGCCGGAUUGAGGAGCGUUUGCACAAAUUCGAAUACGGGUGGGAUUCAUUUCUGCGAGAUACUGGUCUCGGCCGCUUAUUUUUGCACGGUUUCGCGAACGGCGACGGGGCGGAGACGCCGGGUGGGCGCGCGGCGGCGCGGUGCGUUCGGCGGGCGACGGGCGGACGGCGGCAGACAUGGUCGGGCCGCUCGCGGAGCGCGACGCGCGCGCGCCCACCGUCGGGCGCUAGACGGGCGGAGGCCAAGAAUCGCCGCCCGAUCGCGGCGACCAUGGACGUGGUGACGCCGCAUAUUACCUCCGUGCUGAGGACGUACCAGGCCAGCGCCCCGCGCAGCCUGCAGGGCCCGGGCGGGGGCGGUGGUCCCGCGGGGGCGCGCGCCACUGCCGCGCCGCCGCCACCGCCACCUCGCGCCGCACCGCCCAUCCUCCUCGCUGCUGACCCUGUGCUGGGCGAGCGCGGCGAGACCGCACUCGAAGGCGAACCUAUCUCCUGCUUUAGCGUGGGAGGCGAACGGCGCCUAUGCUUGCCGCAGAUCCUUACAUCGGUGCUGACGGACUUCAGCUUGGAACAGAUCAACCGUGUGUGCGACGAGCUGCAGAUUUACUGUUCGCGGUGUACACCAGAGCAGUUGCACGAGCUGAAAUCGACGGGCGUGUUGCCGCGCUCUGCGCCCUCAUGCGGGCUGAUCACCCAGACGGACGCGGAGCGCCUGUGCGCGGCGCUGCUGCACGCUCCGGCGACGGCAGCCCGUAAGCUGCCCGGGUUCCGCGUGUAUCAUGAGUGUUUCGGAGGCGCACGAGGCGUGUGCGCUCCAGAGCUAGGGUUAGUGCAGUGCGUGGAGUGCCGCGGGGUGUACGGGCCGCGACGGUUCGUGUGCCACUCGCACGGCACGGAGCACCGCACGUGUCAUUGGGGGUUCGACUCGACACGAUGGCGACGUUUCCUACUGGUGUCAGAAGAAGAACGCGACCGCGAAAAGUGCUGUGCGUUGCUUGACGAGCUCGCUGCCAGAGAUUCGCGUGAGACUCAACCACCGCAGCCGCCUGCCCUCGUCAAACAUCAAAUACCACUCAAAAGAAAACAGGUAGUGGAAACGGUUGUCUGCAAGCCAGAACCGGCGGAAUCUCCUCCGAAAAAAGCAAGGGGCGAAGAUUACAGCUAUGCGAUUUACCUAGAUCCAUAUGCACAUUUACGAUACAGGACCGUACCAGCCUUUAGGCCGUGGGGGAAGAGGGAACCAGAACUUCAGCAUCCAGAGAGAGUAGUCCGCGUUGCAGACUGCACGAGGUUCGAACAGGACUUCCAACCGAAUGUAGCUUUAAAACCCCUUACACCUCCCGUGGACGAUGUGACGUCAUCCACGUCCCCUCCACCGUCAGAUCCCGAACUGACCGCCAGGCUGUUAGACGCAGAGGCGAGGCUGUCUGAAAGAGAACGACAGCUCGAUGAAAGAGAAGCGCAAUUAGCUCGUCGUGAAGCAAGGCUCGAUGAAAGGGAGAGAGAGUUAGAACGACGAGAGCAAGCCGUUGAAGAGAAAAUAGAAGAAAAACCAGAGCCCAAUUCGUCGCCAACGGGGGAAGCUGAGCAUCCGCCGUGUUGACCAACGCGAGUGAUCGUGAGGCUUCGCUUCAAGUGAGAGUGAUGAACGUUAAGACAAUGCGUCUCCUUAGUACAAAACUGUGGACGAUCAGACAAUUGAUAUCGUUCCGUAACGUGCCGUCAUGCGUGUUAUUAAUAAGCCUACGUUUUAACAUUUUUCAAUCUUUGGUAUAAAGAUGAUUUGUGACUGACUUGUUGCAAUGUUUACACUAACUGUUUGAAGUGAUGGAUAGAAUAACAUCACUGAAAAUCUAUAGUUUAUAAAGAAAAUAGCUGCUUGGUGAGCAUGUACAUAUUCACAUGAAGUACAGAUUAUUGAAUAAUAGGUUUUUUUUUUUACAUAAUUUACAGUUUUUCUUGUAGACUCUUUCAAUGUGUGCCAUUCUGAAGGUACUGCUGUUACCUUUCGUAUAACCUCAUCUGUGCUUUUCAAUAUAAUGUAAUACUCACAUAAUAAUAUAAUAAAUAAUAGUUUUAUAGCCUACAACCAUAAGCAUAAUUUAUACAGGGUUAUUUUUAAGAUUUACGAUAUCUACAGUAUGUAAUAUAUAAAUCCUUUUUUCUUCCUUGUUAUCAUUUCGACCGUAGACCUACAAUGUGUUAGAUUCAGAAAGUUACAAACCCAACUUAUUCGACAAAUAACUCUGUAUAAAAACCUCAGCUAUACCAAAUAACAGUUUAUAAUAGAACUCUUGCAAUUUACAUACCUACUGCACUCAUACACAUACGAGUACAUUAUGACAAAAUACCUCUGAAGGUUGGUAUAAAAAAAUUUAAAUUAAUUCCACUCCAACCAUUCGUGACAAGUGACUUUUGUUAAACAUAAUAUUUGGAUUGACAUUGUUAUAUUAAAAACGAUAGUAUAAUAUAAUUGUUAUAUUAUUAAGCUAUUCUUGCAGCGUUAGAAAUUAGAAAUUAUCAAAAUUCAAGUCGAUAAAGCAAAUCGCAAUCGGCCUAAAAUUUAUGUAAUCCUAUACAAGAAAACUAGUAUAAAAUCGCUUAGAAUACAUUUAUUCUAAAAUCUGUCAUAAUAUAAGGGUUAUACCCCACGUUCUACCUCAUUGUAUAUAAAAAAAAUUUGGCUGAUAAGGAAAUUGUAAGCAAAUUUUCAUUUAAUAAUUUUGAGUAUGUACUUUGGAGCAAUAAUUUGAAAAUGAAACAGUGUGAAUUAUCACUGCCUGAAUUAUUCUAGGUAAUGAUCUUUCUGUCUAUUUAGAAUUUAUACCUAUAUAUUUUUUGCGAAGAAAUAGAUUGUACGAAUUUCGGCAUAAUAAAGUUAGAUCAUAGUCUUGUUCUUGUCAUCACAAUUUAAAAUAUUUGUACGUCACUAAAGAUAACGAUUUUAUUAGCAUUUUCUACUUUACUUUGACGUUUUUUAUCCAGAUAUACCUGUGUAUAAAUCAUAGAUUUCAUAGCCUUCGCCAGUAAGUGUGCAUUUUUUUUAUUUUCUGCGACUGAGCAAACCAUUUUGUACGUAAAACGUAAAAUUAUUUGUCGUUGCUGUAUGCAACUUGUGAUUUUCUUAGCAGUUUAUAGAAGCCUUACACACAUGUAAUUAAUGUGGUGAUAUACUAUAUACUUUAAAUUUUUUUUUUAAUAUUUCCUUUAUUCUUAAUCAGUUUUAAAUUAAAAACAUGAAAAAAAAAACGAUUUCGAUGAAUGGAAUUUCUAUUAAAAUUAUCGAAUCAAAUUUUCGAUUUUUUAUAUUCUGUAAUGGCGGCUUGGCGCCAAUUUGGUUAUCCGGCAGUUUGUACCCGGAUUUAGAUUUAAAUAUGUGAAAUAAGAUUUCACUUUUCGGAAGUGACUUUUUUAUAUUUUGGCAAAGCUCAAACGUGUGUAGACACAAUGUUUUUUUUAAAUAUAUAUUAUUCCUUUCAGAGUGCUGUUACUUUGUAGAUAUUUGUUAUAUGGUAUUCAUUUCUAGAUAAUAUCGUAUCUCUAGUCAGGGACUUUUCGAAAAUAAAAUUACCAUUUACUGUUUAAUGUGUUUUUCAUAUAGGUUGAAACCUAUCACAGGCGAGUGUAAUAAUAACUUAUUUUAAACAAUAGAUUUAAUUAGUAACGAACUGUAUGUCGGUAUGUGUAUAAUAAGGUUUAAAGCAUGAAACUUUUCUGUCAGUACAGUUGUUGAUCACGUAUUUUGGUGCUAAAAUAAUUUCGGCUUGGCUAACGUAGUAAUUAAUUGUACAUAUAAUAUAAUUUUACUAUUUAUUGGCAAAAAUUACAUUUCUGUUUGUUAAAUGUAGAUUUGUCUUUUAUUUAAAUUAAAGAAUCAUAAAUGUAUACUUUUUUUUUUGCAAAUUAUAUAUUUUUAUGGCUUAGCCAUUAUCCAGCGGCUUAAAAAGUAUUAAUUCAAUUGCAAGAAUAUGAAGGAAACUAAGAUGAAAGUCUUAUUUUAAAAAAAAUCAAAGUUAAAAUUUGUUGAGAAAUUAUAAAUAUUCCUUUUAAAAAUCUCCAGAUAGUGGGGCAAAGAGAAGCUGUAUUAUUUCAAAGAGCACAGUUUACGAAUAUCUCUUUAAAGUUGAACACAUUAAGUUUAUUUGCAAUAUUAUAAAAUUAACGCCUUAAUCCUUACGUAGGUUGUAUAUUUUUUUUCGAUGGAAAAGUUUCAAAAAGCUCUCACUGUCUUAUCUUAGAAAUAUAAAUGGUGCUAAUUGUAUGCCAUUUGUGGUCUUUGUAAAAUAAAAUAAUUUUGAAUUUAAAUUAAAUAAAAAAAUAUAUAUACGGCCAAAUAAAUAAUUGUGACAAUUAUUGUUUCGUAAAGACUCCAUAGGUUGUAAUAUUUAUUUUAAAGUUUUACAUGAAACUUAAUUAGUAAUUUUAAUAUGAAGGCAGUGAGAGGUCGUAUGUAAAUAAUACUUACGUCUUAAUAUGGUAUGACAUAGUGAAUGAUUGUAAGGCUGUUAUAACCCUAAUACUAGAGUAAGCGCAAGAAAACCCGCGAGCAAAUCUUUUAUCCAGACAAUUAUUUACGAUCGAUUACGAUAUGACAGUUCAUAAAAACCUAUAUCGAAGUAACGCCAUCUAUCGGAUGGUUUUUGAAGUAAUAAUUGUAAACAUAUAUGUUACUUGUUAACCAAGGCUUAAAUUUAUGUGCGUGUUAAUAUUGUUUUUAAUUAUGAUAAAAGAUUUCCUUGUCAGGGUUUGGCGCGAUUUGCCAGGGUAUAAAUAUACUCCUGUGAUCUCAAAUGUGUGAAUGAUAUUAACCAAUGUACGUCUUCGGUAAAGAAACAGUCGCAUUGAAGUAAUUUCUUUUAUUAAAUUACCAAAUUAUUAUUUCUCAUAUAUUCUGUAACAUCGUCAAUAGAUAUUUAUUUUGUAUUCCUUGAUCAUAAAUUAUUUUUUACUCAUUGCCAUUGUAUGAGAAUGUUUUAGACAGUGUGGUUUUAGUAUAAAAAUAAAAGAAAAAUACCUUCAGUUAUAAAUAUUGAAAUGCAGCUCAAGGGCUCUAUGUACCAUUAAAUUGUAAAUAAAAAACAUAUUUUUCUAAUGAAAUAAUAAAACAAUGUUACACGAUUUUCUUUAGCUAUAAAGUCUUAUUUUACUGUAGUCUGUGUUAUUAAUAUCCUUUUUUUUAUCUGAGUGUCGUUAAGUCAUGUGCCAAUCAAUGUAUUAAUAAUUGAGAAAGUAGGUAAAUGGCAAUUUGUAAAAAAUUUAAUUGAUCAUGUUUUUAAAGGACACCUUGCUUAUUCAUGUUACCUUAAAACGCCAUCUGUUAAUGAGAACAAAAAACUAGUUAACGCUAUAUAACUUUUGAAAUGAUCACUGUUAAAUAAUAUGAUAAAAAACGAGUAAUGUCUAUCAUUAUAAGUUGUUUAUUUCGCACGUUCUAAAGUAAUAUAACUAAUAUAUUUAUCAAAGUAAUAAUAAAAGUUUAAAGAGUGUUUCUCUAAAGUCUAUGCUUACUUAUGUCAUAUGUCUCAGAAUUGUCAUUCGAAUGCUUAAAAAAUUGCUAUAAUGCCUUAACUAAAUAAAAAAUAAUACCCUUUCCAACGAUCGGUGACAUAUUCAAAAAACUAUCUUAUAAUUAUCUUGCCAAUGUAACGAUUAGACUUUUAUUUAUAAAAAAUAUUUAAAAAUUUUCAAAUUAUAAUUUUUCGACGCUUAUAAAAUUUCUUGCCUAAUACAAGUCUGAUUUAGUUGACACUGACAUUAAACUCGUCGAAACUAUCCUUUGCUUAAACAUUUUGAGGAAUAUUAAAAAAAAUGUAUACAAGUAUUUAUCAAACUCGAUCAACAGAUGGCGUUUUCUUACAAUUACUCAAUAUUUGUUUUUUUUUUGCGACUGUGCUACUUGAUUGUAUAAGAUUGAAACUAGUUUAUGAACUGUGUGUGUUUAUAUCAGAAUUACUUUGCUACAUUGUUUUAAUCCAAGGAAACAUUCCCGGUUAUGUUUUUUGGAUUUACAUUCAUCGUUUUUAUCAGUAAAACUACUACAGAUUGUAUAAUGUAUUGUACCUGAUAAUUAGAAGGCUAAGAAAUUAUAUAUAAUUAAAGUUCUGUUAUGCACACACAUUAUCGUAACUUUGUGGUAUCGAAGUGUGUUUUACUUGAAAAGCUUAUGAGUACCUUGUGGAGCAAUAAAGUGAAAUCAUUUUCA